AUGAAGGUCUCCACCCUCCUCGGUCUGCUUCCUGGAACCGCUCUUGCAUCUGAUGCUUUGAGCGUUGCAUUCUACGCGAAAGAGAAGAGCCAGUUGUACGACUUCAUCUCCGCCAACAGUGAGAUUGACUAUGGCUGCCGACCGGUCGUCAUGGCCGCUGGCGAUGAGCACAAGCUGCAUGCUGUCAUCCCGGAAAAUCACUUGCAUCACUUCAAGCGCAGUCUCAACCCUGACCUUGUCCGUGUCGAGAUUCUGCACAACUUGAACAAAAGGCAAACAGCGACUGCGCCGAUUGGAAAGGGCGAUCGAUUCAAUGGAGGAAAGGUUGCGCCUCGUGGUCUCGGUACUAGAAAACCCAGCGAAUAUGCGCAGAUUCAAAGCGCCGGUGUAUUCAACGCGGAUGAGGUCUAUACCGCCAUGAAGGGCUUGGAGAAGGAAUACGGUAUGCCCAUCUUCACCACACCCUACAAGACAUUCGAGAACAACACCAUCAUCGGCGGUGUAGCGAACAAGGCCGAGAAGAUCAACAAGGACAAGCAAUACAUCUACUUCACCUCUGGCAUCCACGCCCGUGAGCGCGGAGGACCCGACAACUUAAUUUAUUUUAUCUCCGACCUGCUCUACGCCAACGAGCACCGCAUCGGCCUAACCUACGGAAACAAGACCUUCACCAACAGCCAAGUCAAAAAAGUCCUCGGCGCAGGCAUCGUCUUCAUCCCUAUGCUCAACCCAGACGGCGUCCGCCACGACCAAGCAAACAGCAACCUCUGGCGCAAGAAUCGCAAUCCAGCCUCAUCCACGCCCGGCGUCCCCCUCAGCGUCGGCGUCGAUCUUAACAGGAACUUUGAUUUCCUCUGGAACUUCACCUCGAAAUUCGACCCCAGCGUCGCUCCCGCUUCCACAAACCCGUCCUCCCAAGCCUUCUACGGCACCGCCCCUUUCUCCGAACCCGAAACAAGAGACAUGGCCUGGGUGUACGACGAAUACCCAAACAUCCACUGGUACAUCGACGUCCACUCCGCCGCAGGUACUCUGCUCUACUCCUGGGGCGACGACAUUGACCAAUCCGCCGAUCCAUCACAGAACCUCUUCAACACAGCCUACGACGGCAAGCGCGGCCUCAUCGAAGAUACUCUGUACCAAGAAUACAUCGACCAGGUGGAUUGGGAUAACGUGGCCCUCGCCGCCAACCGCACAACCGCUGCCAUGAACGGCGUUGGCGGCCGCGAGUAUGUGCCCCAGCAGGCCGUGGGCUUGUACCCUACAUCCGGUGCUAGCGACGAUUGGUCGUUUAGUCGCUGGCAUGCGGAUAAGGGUGUAAACAAGGUUUAUGGAUACACCAUGGAGUUUGGGUAUCCGACGAACUUUUACCCCACCAGCGAGGAGUAUGUGCAGAAUAUUCUGGAUACGAAUGCCGGGUUUAUGGAGUUUGUGCUGACGGCUGUGGAGAUUGGGUUGAAGGCUUGA